AUGGCAGAAUUCGAGAAAGGGGUCGUGCCCAAGGUUCUCAACGGGACUGGUUUGAAGAUUCUCAUAGUCCACACCCGGUGGAAUCUCUCCAUUGUCGACCCACUAGUGAAAGGCACAAUAGAAACCCUCCACUCCGCCGGCGUCCCCCCCUCCAACAUCCUCGUCCGCGACGUCCCAGGCGCCUUCGAACUCCCUUUCGCCUCCCAACAGCUCCUCAAACAAAACCCAGACAUUAACGCAUGCAUAUCCAUCGGCGUACUGAUCAAAGGGUCCACGAUGCACUUUGAGUACAUAGCGGAUGCGACGUGCCAGGGGUUGAUGCGGGUGGGGUUGGAUUUGGGGAGGCCGGUCGUGUUGGGGGUCCUGACGUGUUUGACGGAGGAUCAGGCGUUUGAGAGGGCGGGGAUUGGAAGGCAGGGGCAUGCGGGGCAUAAUCAUGGGAUUGAUUGGGCUCAGGCGGCGGUUGAGAUGGCAUUGCUCAAUAAGAAGUAG